GGAGAUCUGAGUAAUGCCUUUAAUAUUUUCAUUUUUCCAGAUUUAACUUCUAUUUCAGAGUUAUAAGCAGAUUGGAUGUUGGUGUUAGUCAGUAUUUACAACGUCGUUGGAUGAGUCGACGACACUUGUGGGCAGCAGCUUUCAGGGAACAUGUACUGACUUUGGGUAAUGAUACCAACAAUCGAGUAGAAAGUUCUCACAAGCAGAUGAAGCGGUACUUGCUUAGAUCAGAUAGUCUGCAUAAAAGCAUGCUGAAGGUUUACAAAUGGUUUCAACUAAGUAAUUCUAGAAUAGAGCAGGAGUCCAUGAUUGCUCAGUCGCGUUCCCUCAAGUAUUCAUGUUCCGAACGCAUAAUACCAAUUUUACGCCAGCUGACGCCAUACACUGCGAAGAAAGUGAUCGCUGAUUAUGCAAAGCGACGAUGGACUUCUUUUCAGUUUGAAGCUUUUGAUUAUAUCUUCUUGGAUGACAAUGGGAGACAAGUAGAGGUGGAUCUGCGCGCAUGCACAUGUACUUGUAUGACGUUCCAGACUUGUCGGUAUCCCUGUCGACACUUGCUGAUGGUGCAUUUAAAAACGGCGUGUUUCACAGUUAAUCAUGUGCUGCAGAAGUGUAAACGAUGGACAUGGUCUCGCCACUCGUACGCAAUUCCAAGCACGUCAGCAAUUGUGCCGCGAAAUCAAUGUGACUUAUACGUAACCAAUGGGAGGCUUAUUAAUGCGGGCCUGACGAGAAUUUGUGACAAAUAUGGACGGACGUUUGCCGCAGAGUUCGCUGGAGAAGUAGUCGCUG